AUGGUCGAAUUCGAGUCCUCUUUUGAGGGGUUUCGGGAUGCACCAGCGGUUACCACCUCGUUUGUGGUCGUCGAUUGUUGCUUUCACUUCACUCGAGACAAAGAAACCUCUGCCUACGCCUCUUCUUGGCCACUUCAGAUGCUGCUUUCGUCUGUCAAACGGUCUACACCUUCCGCAUAUAUCCGCAUUCUUGACUCGGUUUUGCUGUUGACCUGA